CUGCAGCAGCUGGGCCUCUCGACCGCGGGACACGCUUAUCUCACGCCGGCCCCCCAGGCGGUCCCCCAGCGCCCGCCCUCCCGCGGCCCAACCGCCGGACCCUGCCCUGCUCCCGCUCCGGCGGCCCUCGUGCCCAUGGCGGUCCCCGGCGGCGCCCGGAGGCAGCCGCUGCUCCUGCUACUACUCGCAGGGCUUGUGCACAGUGCAUCAGCAGAGUUUACGGUGAAAGAUGGCAAUGGGACAAUUUGUAUAAUGGCCAACUUCUCCGCUCACUUCCUGGCCAAUUAUAACACCAAGAGUGGUUUUAAGAAUGCAACCUUUGACCUGCCAUCUCAUGCAAAAGUAUUAAAUAGCAGUUUCUGUGGUAAAGAGAAUGCUUCUGACUCCAGUCUCGUGAUUGCUUUUGGAAAAGGACAUACACUGACCCUCACUUUCACAAGAAAUGCAACACGUUACAGUGUCCAUAGGAUGAGUUUUGUUUAUAACUUGUCAGACACAGAUUUUUUCCACAAUGCAAGCACCAAUGGUACAGAAGUCAAGACUGAGGCAUCCCCAACUGACAUCAUGGCAGACAUAAAUAAAAAAUACAGAUGUGUGAGCAGCAACGAGAUCCACAUGAGUAAUGUAACUGUCACGUUCCAUGAUACUACCAUCCAGGCAUACCUUUCAAACAACACCUUCAGCAAGGAAGAGACUCGCUGUGAGCAAGAUGGACAUUCCCCAACAGUGCCACCCACACCUCCCCACCCUUCGCCAACUCUAGCACCUGAGAUCCCCUCGGUGCAGAAGUACAACGUGAGUGACGCCAACGGGACCUGUCUGCUGGCCAACAUGGGGCUGCAGCUGAACAUCACCUACGAGAAAAAGGACAAUACGACUGUGACAGGAGUAUUCAAUAUCAACCCAAAUAAGACCCAUUUCAGUGGGAGCUGCACUGCCCAGCUGGUGACCCUGGAACUCUGGAGCCCGAACACCAUGCUCCUAGCCUUCCAGUUUGGAAAGAAUGCAAGUUCUAGCCGGUUUUUCCUGCAAGGAAUUCAGUUGAACAUGACUCUCCCCGAAGCCAAAACCCCCACCUUCAAAGCCACCAACAGGUCACUGAGAGCGCUUCAGGCUUCCAUGGGGAACUCCUACAGGUGUAAUGCGGAGGAACGCAUCCAGGUCACAAAGGCCUUUUCUGUCAACAUAUUCCAAGUGUGGGUCCAGGCUUUCCAGGUAGAAGGUGGCAAGUUUGGGUCUGUGGAAGAGUGUCAGCUGGAUGAGAACAACAUGCUGAUCCCCAUCGCUGUGGGUGGCGCCCUGGCAGGGCUGGUCCUCAUCGUCCUCAUCGCCUACCUCAUCGGCAGGAAGAGGAGCCACGCCGGCUACCAGACGAUUUAGCGUGGCAGCGCCGCUGCAGACCUGCAGCAGCUGCAGGGCCUCUGUUCAUUUCCCUGAGCUUAGAUUGAUGUUGAGGGAGGCACACUUUAUUGCAAACUGAUUUUCAAAUCUGCUUUAUCCAAUGUGAAAUUCAUCCUGCAACAUUUACUAUGCACAAAAGAGUAACUAUUAAAAUGACGGUGUUAAUUUUGCUAACGGGGUUAAAUAUUUUGCUAACUGGUUAAAUGUUAAUAUUUACCAAAGUAGAACUUUAAGGGGAGGGUAAGAGUGCUUUUCUAAAUGGGCACUGGCUCCACUAUCAUUUGGCUUUUUAAGGUUCUGGUGUUUGGUUUCUUCAUUCCUGACUCAUAUAUAAGCCUUACAAAAGGAGGGUCUCUGCUCUUAACAUUUUUGACUGAUGAAGUCUGGCUGUUAGACUGACACACUUAAGAAAUUAAUAGAGAAAAACAAUUUAAAACAGAAGUACUUCAAAAAA